GUGACUCUCUCACAGCUUGUUGGAGUCCGGGGCGAGUAUGGCGCUCGGUAUAGUUUGGUUCAUCAGCACCGUGUUUAGUUUAGUUCAUUUAACGCCGUUAGAUUUGUCCAAAGAGGAAUAUGGAUUCAAACAGUGGAUGUCACAGCACAACAAGGUUUAUGACAUUGAGGAGUAUUACCACCGGCUCCACAUAUUCACUGAGAAUAGGAGGGAAAUUGAUCAUCAUAAUGCUGGGAAUCAUUCAUUCACAAUGGGACUGAAUCAGUUCUCAGACAUGACAUUUGAGGAAUUCAGGAAAUUAUUCCUCUUGACAGAGCCUCAGAACUGCUCAGCUACUACAGGGGGUCAUGUCAACAGGGCUGGUUCUUAUCCCGAGUUUGUAGACUGGAGGAUGAAGGACAACGUUGUGACUCCCGUGAAAGACCAGGGUCACUGUGGAAGCUGUUGGACCUUCUCUACUACUGGUUGUUUGGAGUCUGUGAAUGCUAUCGUUACCGGGAAGCUAAUACCUCUGUCUGAGCAGCAGCUGAUAGACUGUGCCAGAGACUUCAACAAUUAUGGAUGCAUGGGUGGCCUCCCCAGCCAGGCAUUUGAGUACAUCAAAUACAACAAGGGUCUUAUGACAGAGGAGGACUAUCCCUAUAAAGGCCAUGAUGACAGUUGCCAUUUUGACCCUACACUUGCAGCUGCUUUUGUCCUGGAUGUUGUCAACAUAACAAGUUAUGAUGAAAAGGCCAUGGUUGAUGCUGUGGCCCGGCUCAACCCUGUGUCUUUCGCCUUUCAAGUCACGGCUGAUUUUAAGCACUACAAAGAAGGUGUUUACACAAGCACUCAGUGUAAGAACACAGCAGACAUGGUGAAUCAUGCAGUCCUGGCUGUGGGUUACGGCGCUGAGGAGAGCGGCAUGCCAUAUUGGAUUGUGAAGAACUCUUGGGGCACAGCCUGGGGAAUGGAUGGAUAUUUUUUGAUCGAGCGAGGGAAAAACAUGUGUGGACUGGCUGCAUGCUCUUCCUACCCUCUACUUUUAGUUUGAGGAGUAACAUGGCAACAAAGUGGACGACUGAUAAAACUCAGUAAAAUGUCACCCAGUGACAAUGUAGUGAACUCGAUGGGAAGUUGGCCCUUCCAUGUUCCCUGAAGUGUUUUAUGUAGAGGUUUGAUUUCUCAGCAAUAUGUACAAUACUAUCUGAAAUUUUAAACUGUUAAAAAAAUGUAAUCUUUGUGUGUCACACUCUCAACAUUACUGUGUGGUGCAUUUGUUUUUGUAUUGAUGUAACUAUGGCUGGCUUGUUUUAGUGGAAGUUGUUACCUAUUGUUCUUUUGUUUCAUAAUGUGGUUGUUGAGACAAUUACUGCUGUUAAUGACCACACAAAGAAAAUGUAUUAAAUCAUAUGUUGCCUACCCCUGUACAGAGGCUUGUACCAUGCACUACCUUUUAAGUAACAGCAUUGGAAAAACACACGAGAAGCAGCCACCUUACCAGUGGUAACAUGAUGUAACAUGCAUAGUGCUAUACUGAGAAAUAGACAUCUCUUCAGACCAAUGAGAUCAUGUUAUGGCAGAUCAUGCAUGGGUCAUUUACUUAAUUUGUCAGUGAGUGGUCUCUUUAUGGCUUCAUAACAUCCACAGUUCUGUAUCUCCUCUGCUCCGAUUAUGAAACUUUAGUCAUGCACAAAAAGCCCAAUGAGGAGUAAACUCUGAUGUCAAGUCAUUUGCUAAGUAAAGUUUGUUUUCAUUUGAACAUGUUUUGUUAAUAAACAAUGUUUCCAUCACG